CCGCUCACGUGAUCCUAUUUAUUUUCCUAAGAACCAACCAGUUUCGCACCGCCUCUUUGCCUUUCUAAACGCUCCGACCCGUCACGCCGGCGAACCGACGAAGGGCGGACGACCAAGCCAAGGCUGACACCGUUCAACGGCGGCUACCGUUUGGUACGGUAUUGAUUGGAGGGGAUAGUUGGGUAUAGAAGAUGAAUACCUCUUCAGCAGGGCCCUCCUCAAGAGUGAGAGUCGGAUCAUCCCAACCAUCGGAAGCUUCAUUAAAGCGCAAGCGAGGAGUUUUUCAGAAAGAUUUGCAACACAUGAUGUACGGUUUUGGAGAUGAUCCCAAUCCGCUUCCAGAAACUGUGGCGCUUUUGGAGGACAUUGUUGUGGAGUAUGUCACAGAUUUGGUGCAUAAAGCUCAAGAUUUUUCAUCAAAAAGGGGAAAGCUUCUAACUGAGGAUUUUCUGUUCUUAAUCCGCAAGGACUUGCCAAAACUUAACCGCUGUACUGAACUGUUAUCUAUGAAUGAGGAGCUGAAACAAGCAAGGAAGGCUUUUGAAGUCGAUGAAGAGAAGCUGACAACAGUUGAGUAACGGGGCAGAAUUUAAACCACUUACCUGCUCUUGCAUGUUCUCUGCUUCGUGAUGGAACUUGCUGAUCCAGACAAUUGUACAGUGCCCAUGCAACAAGACAAGCUUCUCUAUGUUUCUAAUCAUCUCGUCUGCUUUAAUUGUAUUGUUCUUGUGGUUCAUUAUUUUAAAGUUCAAAUUAUUUCUUUUCUGUUUUGGAUGUUGUAAUGGUUUUAAGUACGGUAAUUUUGAAUUCUCGAAGAGGGGCUUAAAAUCGAAUGCAUAAACCUUGUUUUA